UUUUUUUCCCCCGAGUUCCUAGUUGUCUUGAACGCCCUGAAGUCGACAUCCAAGUUCCAAAUGGUUUUGAACGCGGCAUAAAACUGCUUUACUAAGGGCGUAAGUGACCCUGCUGUCCCCACGUUCUUUCACUUUGACUCCACCCACUCCGAGUGGGCAUCUCUAAAUGACCAUCGUUCGCACGCCGACAGGGGGAUGCUUAUGGUUUGCCUACGGGGAGAUAGGAGGACGUUGUCGAGGACAAUGACCCAACACACCUCCAGGCUGUGUAAGGGCUAUUUGACCAAGAAGGAGAGUGAUGGAGUGCUGCAUCAGAUGACCUGCCGCCAUAAUCACCCGGCCUCAACCCAAUUGAGAUGGUUUGGGAUGAGUUGGACCACAGAGUGAAGGAAAAGCAGCCAACAAGUGCUCAGCAUAUGUGGGAACUCCUUCAAGACUGUUGGAAAAGCAUUCCAGGCACUGCCAAGAAGGUGAGUUCAGGGAAAAUCCCUUUUCAGCCUCAAGCCACAUUCACCACCUCUAUAAUAUCCAGUAUGGCUGAAGAAAUGCCUUCAUGGACCUCAGAAAGGUAGUAGCUACACUGGGAUGAUUUAUUUAAACCCACAAACACCUACAUGGACUCUGGCUGAGAAGUUUGCUGGGCUCAACUCUGGAAAAGACAAGAGACUGUCUCUCAAUCAGGACCUCUGUAGUCCUCCAGGUUCACCUGCAGCCAUUAAACAUAAUGUUGCCAAUAGGAGAGGUUCUACAGGUCUGGAGGGGGUCUACUCAGACUCGUCACAACAGGAGGAAGGCAACAUCAAGAAUGGUACGAAAAGACUUCUGCAGAGGAAAGUGUGCAGCGGUGAUCCUUCCGAUCUGAAGCUGCGUCUGGUGAGAGAGAUCAGGCCCAAAACCAAGGAGUCUCUGUCUGAUGUUCGUCAUGAUGUGCGUGAUGUACGUGGUAACAAGGGGAAUUGGAAGGGUGGAGAACCGCUAGUCAUUCACCCUCCACUAAACAAGGCUAUGGCCAUGAUUGAUGCCUGUGAGGAUAAGGUGCCUAUAGUGUUUGCUGCCAUGAAGAAACGUGGAGUGGAGGGAGACACAGAGAACCGGCCCUACAAGUGCACUCACUGCAACUGGGCCUUUAAGAAGUCCAGCAAUCUGCAGAGUCAUCUGGAUACUCAUAGUGGCCUGAAGCCUCAUAUAUGUGACCUGUGUGGCAAAGCCUAUUCUCACCAAGGCACACUGCAGCAGCACAAGCGCCUGCACACUGGAGAGAGACCGUACCACUGCCCCUUCUGUGAAAAGACGUACAUCUGGUCCUCCGAUUACCGAAAGCACAUUCGCACGCACACCGGAGAGAAACCGUACGUGUGCGAGACCUGCAGCAAGGACUUUGUGCGCUCCUCGGACCUGCGGAAGCAUGAGCGCAACAUGCACACCAAUGAAAAACCCUUCCCGUGCACGCAGUGCGGCAAGACCUUCAACAAGCCACUGUCCCUGCUCCGCCAUGAGCGCACUCACCUGGGCGAGCGGCCCUUCUGCUGUCCCAUCUGCGGGAAAGCCUUUGCCGUGGCCAGCCGCAUGGCAGAGCACCAGAAGGUGCACACCGGGGUGAGACCCUACACCUGCCUGGUCUGCACCAAGUCCUUCACCAAGUCCUCCAACCUGCUGGAGCACCAGGCCGUACACAGCGGUAUCCGCCCCCACAAGUGUCCUCAGUGCGGGGUGGCAUUCGCCAUGGUGUCCCGCCUGGUCCGUCACCAGCGUGUCCAUACCGGAGAGAGGCCCUACGACUGCACAGGCUGCAGCAUGUCCUUCAGCCGCACAGCUGCUCUGAAGCGCCACCAGGAGCAGACGUGUGCCGGGAGGAUCUUUGUCUGUAUGGAGUGUGACAAGGCUUUCCAGUGUGCCUCUCAGCUCACUGAGCACAUGGUGAGCCAUGAAUGACCCUACUGCUGCUGCUGCUGCUGCUGCUACUGCUGCUACUGCUGCUUCUGUUGUUGAAAACACUGAAGACUUAUUUAUGCUGUUUGGCAGCUACCCUCUCAUAGAGUACAAAGAGUUGGUCUAAUCAACCUUACUGAUCUAUACAUGCUACGCUCUUAGAAAAAAAGGUUCCCAAAGCGUUUUUCGGCUGUCCCCAUAGGAGAACCCUUUUUGGUUCCAGGUAGAUAGCACCUUUUUUGAAGGACAACAUCCUGCUAGGCUGCUAAGCCUUAAAAUACAGUGCCUUCAGAAACUAUUCACACCCCUUUCCUUUUUCACAAGUGCCCUCAACCGAUAUGAUGCAUUUUGCAUCAUAUGAUGUUGCGUUUUCCAUCAUAGGAUGCUCAAUGCAUCAUACAUGUUGUAUUUCUGUAUUUUAUCUUGAAGUUGUAUAUCUUCAAAACUUGAUUGCUGACAUGGAAAACAUUUUGGGACUAUAUAAAAAAUGGACUAAUGAAACAAAUACCAAAAGAUGGUUUUGGGGUGGAAUUUUCCUUUUAUGGCCGUGAUAGGAGAAAACUGAGGAUGGAUCAACAACAUUGUAGUUACUCCACAAUACUAACCUAAAUGACAGAUUGAAAAGAAGGAAGCCUGUACAGAAUACAAAUAUUCCAAAUCAUGCAUCCUGUUUGCAAUAAGGCACUAAAGUAAAACUGCAAAAAAUGUGGCAAAGCAAUUCACUUUUUGUCCUGAAUACAAAGCAUUAUGUUUGGGGCAAAUACAACACAACACAUCACUGAGUACCACUCUUCAUAUUUUCAAGCAUGGUGGUGGCUGCAUCAUGUUAUGUGUAUGCUUGUUAUCGGCAAGGACAAGGGAAUGGAAUAGAGCUAAGCACAGGAAAACCUGGUUCAGUCUGCUUUCCAACAGACACUGGGAGACAACUUUACCUUUCAACAGGACAAUAACCUAAAACACAAGGCCUUGCAAAAGUCUUCACCCCCUUGGCAUUUUUCCUAUUUUGUUGCAUUACAACCUGUAAUUUGAAUGGGUUUUUAUUUGGAUUUCAUGUAAUGGACAUACACAAAAUAGUCCAAAUAGUAAAGUGAAAUGAAAAUAAUAACUUGUUUCAAAAAAUUCAAAAACAGAAAAGUGGUGUGUGCAUAUGUAUUCACCCCCUUUGCUAUGAAGCCCCUAAAUAAGAUCUGGUGCAACCAAUUACCUCUGAAGUCACAUACUUAGUUAAAUAAAGUCCACCUGUGUGCAAUCUAAGUGUCACAUGAUGUGCCACAUGAUCUCAGUGUAUAUACACCUGUUCUGAAAGGCCCCAGAGUCUGCAACACCACUAAGCAAGAGGUACCACCAAGCAAGUGGCACCAUGAAGACCAAGGAGCUCUCCAAACAGGUCAGGGACAAAGUUGUGGAGAAGUACAGAUCAUGGUUGGGUUAUAAAAAAAUAUCAGAAACUUUGAACAUCCCACAGAGCUCCAUUAAAUCCAUUAUUUCAAAAUGGAAAGACUAUGGCAUCACAACAAACCUGCCAAGAGAGGGCCGCCCACCAAAACUCAUGGGCAGGGCAAGGAGGGCAUUAACCAGAGAGGCAACAAAGAGACCAAACAUAACCCUGAAGGAGCUGCAAAGCUUCACAGCAGAGAUUGGAGUAUCUGUCCAUAGGACCACUUUAAGCCAUACACUCCACAAAGCUGGGCUUUAUGGAAGAGUGGACAGAAAAAAAUAAGUAAACAUGUUUGGUGCUUGCCAAAAGGCAUGUGGGAGACUCCCCAAACAUAUGGAAGAAGGUACUCUGGUCAGAUGAGACUAAAAUGUAGCUUUUGGCCAUCAAGGAAGACGUUAUGUCUGGCGCAAACCCAACACCUCUCAUCACCUCAAGAACAUCAUCCCCAAAGUGAAGGAUGGUGGUGGAAGCAUCAUGAUGUGGGGAUGUUUUUCAUCGACAGGGACUGGGAAACUGGUCAGAAUUGAAGGAAUGAUGGAUUGUGAUAAAUACAGGGGAAAUUCUUGAGGGAAACCUGUUUCAGUCUUCCAGAGAUUUGAGACUGGGACGGAGGUUCACCUUCCAGCAGGACAAUGACCCUAAGCAUACUGCUAAAGCAACACUUGAGGAGUUUAAGGGGAAACAUUUCAAUGUAUUGGAAUGGCCCAGUCAAAGCCCAGACCUCAAUCCAAUUGAGAAUCUGUGGUAUGACUUAAAGAUUGCUGUACACCAUCAGAACCCAUCCAACUUGAAGGAGCUGGAGUAGUUUUGCAUUGAGGAAUGGGCAAAAAUCCCAGUGACUAGAUGUGCCAAGCUUAUAGAGACAUACCCCAAGAGACUUGCAUCUGUAAUUGCUGCAAAAGGUGUCUCAACAAAGUAUUGACUUUGGGGGGGUGAAUAGUUAUGCACGCUCAAGUUUUCUGUUUUUUGUCUUAUUUCUUGUUUAUUUCACAAUAGAAAAUAUUUUGCAUCUUCAAAGUGGUAGGCAUGUUGUGUAAAUCAAAUGAUACUAACCCCCCAAAAAUAUAUUUUAAUUCUAGGUUGUAAGGCAACAAAAUAGGAAAAAUGCCAAGGGGGGUGAAUACUUUCGCAAGCCACUGUAUACAAUGGAAUUGCAUACCAAGAUGACAUUGAGUGUUCCUAACUGGCCUAGUUACAGUUUUGACUUAAAUCGUCUUGAAAAUCUAUGGCAACUUGAAAAUGGCUGUCUAGCAAUGAUCAACAACUUAACCAAAUUUUAAAAAGAAUAAUAUGCAAAUAUUGUACAAUCCAGUUGUUUAACGCUCUUAGAGACUUACCCAGAAAGACACAGCUGUAAUCACUGCCUAAGGUGCUUCUAAAAAGUAAUGAAUCAGGGGUGUGAAUACUUAUGUAAAUGAGACAUUUCUGUAUUUCAUUUUCAAUAAAUGUGCAAAUAAUUCUAAAAAGAUGUUUUCACUUUGCCGUAUGGGGUAUUGUGUGUAGGUAGAUGGAUGAGAAUAAAAUCUAUUUAAUCCAUUUUCAAUUCAGGCUGUAACACAACAAGAUGUGGAAUAAGUCAAGGAUAAUGCUUUUUAUGAAAUACGACCUGUAAUUAAUUACAAUAUGAGUGAAAAGGUUUUCCUUCCAAAAAAUGCUAAUUUUAAAAAGCAGAUUUUCUGUGUUGGAAUGGUGUGGGCGUACCCCUACAACAGAACGGUGUGGGUGUAUACCAGUCAUUAAAAAUAUUCAUGCAAGUAGACUCCUCAUUCCCUAUGAGGAAAUAACAAGCACUUUUUUAAAUGGUCUGUUUGAGAUACAAGUCUGAGGAGGAGUUUAAAAAAUAAAAAUACAUUUUUUUUAAUGCUUUUGCAUAAAGAGUAUAGGAUGAGUCAACAACAUCAUUUGGGUAUGAGUUAACAGAAUAUGAAGGUUUAAAGGGGAGAUUUUCACUGGACAGUUACUUAAGCAUCCUCUGAAAAUAUUCUAAAAUCUAUUCUAAAAAACCUCUGUUAAUGCAAGCAUGAGUUUGGCUGAAAAAAAACCGAAAUUGUUUAGGAAGAUGUAUGAUGCUCAGGAAUUAUAUGCCGCUUUCUAUAAUUUCUGUGAUCUCUUAUAUAAGGAAUGUGGUAAAAUACCCACACAAAUCAACUGUCAUCUGUCAUCCUCAAUGAUGGAGAGUAUUGAAUUUUGUUUACUACACUGUGGUUACAUAGUUUCUUUAUUCUGUGUGAACUUGACAAAGACUGUCUGAAAAAUAUAUACUACCAGGCAUUACUUUGCCCGGAAUGACAGUUGGAGUGUAUCAAUAUGUUUCAAAUGUACUUUGUUUUUACCUGUUCUUAUAAAAUAGAUCACUCUGGUUGAAAUUGACACAAGCAACAGCUUGUUUUCAUCUAUUUAUUUUUAAAGUAUGUCAGUUUGUUCUUGUUUUUAUCAUUUGACCAUGCCUUCUAUCUGGUGACCAAUAGUUCUAUUCAAAUCUCUAUUAUUCUGCAAUACAGUAUUUGACUUAGAAUGGAGUAGACUAGAAUACAAUACAAUGCAAUUCAUCUUUAUUAUCCCCAAAAAGCAAUUCAGUUGCAUCAAAAUUGGACAGUUUCAUAGUUUGACAGCAUGUAGAUUACAGUAGGUUAGUGAAGGCUAAACUUUAGAGGAGUGAUUAUACAGUCGUGGCCAAAAGUUUUGAGAAUGACACAAAUAUUAAUUACCACAAAGUUUGCUGCUUCAGUGUCUUUAGAUAUUUUUGUCAGAUGUUACUAUGGAAUACUGAAGUAUAAUUACAAGCAUUUCAUAAGUGUCAAAGGCUUUUAUUGACAAUUACAUGAAGUUGAUGCAAAGAGUCAAUAUUUGCAGUGUUGACCCUUCUUUUUCAAGACCUCUACAAUCCGCCCUGGCAUGCUGUCAAUUAACUUCUGGGCCACAUCCUGACUGAUUCUUGCAUAAUCAAUGCUUGGACUUUGUCAGAAUUUGUGGGUUUUUGUUUGUCCAUCCGCCUCUUGAGGAUUGACCACAAGUUCUCAAUGGGAUUAAGGUCUGGGGAGUUUCCUGGCCAUGGACCCAAUAUAUCGAUGUUUUGUUCCCCGAGCCACUUAGUUAUCACUUUUGCCUUAUGGCAAGGUGCUGCAUCAUGCUGGAAAAGGCAUUGUGCUUCUACACCUGCAUUGCUUGCCGUUUGGGGUUUUAGGCUGGGUUUCUGUACAGCACUUUGAGAUAUCAGCUGAUGUACGAAGGGCUAUUAAAAUAAAUUUGAUUUGAUUGUUCGUCACCAAACUGUUCCUGGAUGAUUGGGAGAAGUUGCUCUCGGAGGAUGUGUUGGUACCAUUCUUUAUUCAUGGCUGUGUUCUUAGGCAAAAUUGUGAGUGAGCCCAUUCCUUUGGUUGAGAAGCAACCCCACACAUGAAUGGUCUCAGGAUGCUUUACUGUUGGCAUUACACAGGACUGAUGGUAGCACUCACCUUGUCUUCUCCAGACAAGCUUUUUUCCGGAUGCCCCAAACAAUCGGAAAGGGGAUUCAUCAGAGAAAAUUACUUUAUCCCAGUCCUCAGCAGUCCAAUCCCUGUACCUUUUGCAGAAUAUCAGUAUGUCCCUGAUGUUUUUUCUGGAGAAAAGUGGCUUCUUUGCUGCCCUUCUUGACACCUCACUGUGCGUGCAUCUGCACUCACACCUGCCUGCUGCCAUUCCUGAGCAAACUCUGUACUGGUGGUUCCCCGAUCCCGCAGCUGAAUCAACUUUAGGAGACAGUCCUGGCACUUGCUGGACUUUCUUGGGCGCCUUGACGCCUUCUUCACAACAAUUGAACCGCUCUCCUUGAAGUUCUUGAUGAUCCAAUAAAUUGUUAAUUUAGGUGCAAUCUUACUGGCAGCAUUAUCCUUGCCUGUGAAGCCCUUUUUGUGCAAAGCAAUGAUGACGACACGUGUUUCCUUGCAGGUAACCAUGGUAGACAGAGGAAGAACAAUGAUUCCAAGCACCACCCUCCUUUUGAAGCUUCCAGUCUGUUAUUCGAACUCAAUAAGCAUGACAGAGUGAUCUCCAGCCUUGUCCUCAUCAACACUCACACCUGUGUUAACGAGAGAAUCACUGACAUGAUGUCAGCUGGUCCUUUUUUGGCAGGGCUGAAAUGCCGUGGAAAUGGUUUUUGUGGGGAUUCAGUUCAUUUGCAUGGCAAAGAUGGACUUUGCAAUUAAUUGCAAUUCAUCUGAUCAGUCUUCAUAACAUUCUGGAGUAUAUGCAAAUUGCCAUCAUACAAUCUGAGGCAGCAGACUUUGUGAAAAUGUAUAUUUGUGUCAUUGUCAAAACUUUUGGCCACGACUGUACACAUGAGCACCUCUAAGAAGAACACCUAGUAGCCUAUCAAGUGCAGUGUGCAUCCCAAAUGGCACUGAUGGGUCCUAGUCAAAAAUAAUGUACUAUAUAGGAAAUAGGUUGCCUCUUGGCAAGCACACCUAGUAGCAUAUGAAGUGGAGAUCAGUCAUGAGGGUGCCGUUCUAAGGUUAAUCAUAUGGGAACAAUCUGAAUCUUUGAAAGUACAAUAUGGAAUGUAUAACAUUUUUGUUUGUUAUGGAUUUGGCAGGUUUUGUUUUUGUAUUUUUUACCUGUGUUUUUGGUGUUUUUGAUGAAGAGUAUGGACACCUUGAUUGCAAAGGACUGCCGAAUAACAUAAUGCAGAUAGCGCCAUCCUUUUCUGAAAAUCUAGACCAGCAAGAUUGAAUUCAAUGGACGUCCUUUGAAGCACUUUAAAGCUCACAGCAGGGACCUUAAAUGAGUUUGAAAUCCAGUCAUUUGUCUUAGGUGAUCCAUUGUGGAAAUUGGUCCCCCAAUACCUCUGUAGCACAGGAGGCUGCUAACGGGAGAACGGCUCUUAAUAAUGGUUGGAAUGGAGUGAAUGGAAUGGUAUCAAACACAUAGAAACCAUGUAUUUGAUGUGUUCGAUACCAUUCCAAUAAUUCCCUUCCAGCCAUUACUAUGAGCACGUCCUCCCCAAUUAAGGUGCCACUCGCUGCCUGUGCUCUGUAGUUAACCUUAAGUCUUACUACAAUCCACAAUUUACUCAAUAAUACAGUUUUGAUACCAUCAGUGCCAUCCAGUCACAUGAGAAUAUACACUCACUAUUUCUAUGCAAUAAUCUAGAGAUUGGGUUGAAUGAAAACCAGAGCGGAGUCAUUCAGAGCUGCUGUCCGACUGACAGGCUAAUGGUCAUUAGGAGUUCAUGUGAUACUACAAAAGUGCUGUUAAUACCUGGUGCUAACAAGCCCCCUUUGUCCUGAUUGUGUUCACAUCCUGAUUGCACCCACAUUUGUAGACGAUCAAAAGACACAUUGUGAUCUGAUUGUGAUCUUCCUGACAGCCUCCAGAGGUAGACAGGCACAUAGCCGUGGGAAGUAGGGGUGCUGAGGGUGCCGCAGCACCCCCUGAUUUCUUCUCCACAAAAGUAGUGCACUGGGCCUUUACUAGUACGAUAUUAACGGACUUAUAUAGCCGUCUGUAGUGCAGCACCCCCGCCCUCAAACAUCUUCCCACGUCCAUGGACAGGCAUGCAUUGUGUCUGGAUAUCUUACACAUGUAGACAUAUCUAGACAGUGAAACCAUUUGAAUCAUAAUUAUCUCAUGUUCUAAAAUCAUUGACAGGUGGCACCAUUGACUUAUGACAUCAAUUUCUGUUUUAAAAUAAAUACAUUUUAUAUUAUUUUUGAAAGAAUAUUCAUUAAAUAAUUGGAUGCAUGUUAGUGCCCGGUAUAAACAAGGCUCUGGUCACUAGUGUGUUCACUUCCUAGUGUGUUCACUUCUUAGUGUGUUCACUUCUUAGUGCGUUCUCUUUCUAGUGUGUUCACUUCCUAGUGUGUUCACUUCCUAGUGUGUUCUCUUUCUAGUGUGUUCACUUCCUAGUGUGUUCACUUCCUAGUGUGUUCACUUCCUAGUGUGGAUACAUUAGUGAGAAAAAAAUCUUGACACGAGGCAUCCUUGCCCUCUUGCCCAGGGUGGCACAUAUUAUGUUUGUUUAUAUGUGUCAAGAAAUAUUGUGUGAAUAUUUGCUAGAUGUCAAAAAAAUGUAGAAUGAUAUUUCAGGUGUCAAAUUGAUAUUCUAUUUGAAGACCAAAGGUCUACCGAAUAUUGCGGGUUUGAAAAAAAUAUAUACUGUACUGUACUGUCUGCAAUGGAGCUGAUUUCUGUAGCUGUCUGCUGCAAUAACACAUAGAUGUUAUGUGUAUAAUUGGAUUGGAGUAAAAGAGAACAAGAAUUUAAAUAAAAGAGAAUGCGAAUAAUAAUCAAUUGUUUGUGUUUUUUAAAAAUGUUUAAUGUAAACAUUAUAGUACAUUUGUAUUUGUAAAGCGCUGAAAUGUUCAUUAACAGUACAAGCAGAAAUCUCUAAGCAGAAAUCA